CUUUCUUCGAAUGUGACUAUGAAUUGAGACGUUGCCUAAUGUCGAUUGCCCUAUUGCGGGUUGGUGAAACGGAUAGGUCCUGGGACAGCCUGGACUUGGUUACCAGAUGCAGCGGGUCGUACGGGAUAAAGGGGGUGUCUGGGCACCGGGGGUGUCACCGAUCUGGAAACGAGGUCGCCUGGGUCUAUCUCUGUUGUCUCUGUCUCUCGCUGAGACUUUCUUAUGGUUGCCGAAUAAGACCACUCGUGUAUACCGUAUUCACUUUGUAACCAACGUGGAUAUGGUACGUCGCAUCCGAGGUCUGGCAGGGCAGGGCGAUGUUGGAAGUCGGAAUAGGACCGAAGCCAAGAGGAGGUUGUUAUCCUGGACGGAGAUCUCCCUUAUUUCGUCCACUCUCUGUUUUGGGACGUUAAGGGGAGUUUGAAGUUGCGCCGGCGACUCCUCCUUCACUUUCUCCUCUCCUCGGACAGUGGAAUCUAUUGAAGAAGUAAAAGAAAUUAAACCUGGAGAGAAA